GUUUCACUUCCGCCUGGCUGCAGGAACCACAAGUUCCAGACUAGGUCUGAAUUGGAAUAAUUACAGUCAAAAUACACCCAGAUGCUCUCACACACCCAGAGGCGCGCGCAUCUCCGGGCCAUGGGGCGCACGUGAGCCCACGCCCCGUGCACCCAGCCCUGCCUCUCGCCAGAGCAUCCUCAGCAGCUGCCACAGAAGCAGCCUCCUCCUCCUCCUCUUCCUCCUCCUCCUCUCGCCGCUGCCGCCGUUGCUGCUGUGUCUCCUAUCCCCUCUCGUCCUCCGUCCUCCCCCAGUUCCAGCUCCUCCUCCCAUUCCCGGAGCCUCCUGUCCGGCGGCGGCGAAGGGCAGAACCCUCAGCAGCGGCUCCCCUUCGCUCGGGCCACGAAGAGGCUGGAACAGCCCAGUAUUCCAGCCCAUCUGAGCUCAUUUUGAAUCUCCAUUUUGUUCUUCAAUAAAUUUGAUAUCCCUGCCAGCUUUACGUCAUCUUCAAACGUGACUCAAAUCCAGGUCAAGUGUAUGGCUGUCUGAGGUGUUGGAACAGAAGGAGGUCCAUUCCUGUUGGUGACAACACUGUGGCCCUGUUCUGGGAUGACCGAGGUGUAAAGGGACUCAAUAGCAUUCCCAUCAGUGUAACCCACUUUCAGCAGCCAGUAACUUUGGUCAAGGGAAGAAGAAACUCCAUGAGCAGCAGCCUCAACAACCGGCUCUUUCCUCCUGGGUAAGGACAAGGGGGUGGGGGUGCUUCGAAUCUGGCCAAGACUGGUUUCCCCCAAGAGAGAGCAGCCGAGUCCUUGCAUCUUGUGGCAGCUGGUGUGCCCAGUACUGAGUCCAUCGGAGCUGAAGGCAGCCUGGCCCCUUCUCAUGGGCAGCGCCCACCUGUGCUGAAGUCCUACAGCGGUGGCAGUGUGAGGACAAAGGAAAACUGCAGCUCAGUGGCAGGUGUUUCUGUGAUGCCUUUUCAUGAAGGGGAAGCUCCAGAGUUUCAGCCGUGAAAUUGAAGGAGCUGUGCGAUCAGUUGUAAAUAAAAAUGUCUGACGGUCUGGAUAAUGAAGAGAAACCCCCUGCUCCCCCACUGAGGAUGAAUAGUAACAACCGGGAUUCUUCAGCACUCAACCACAGCUCCAAACCACUUCCCAUGGCCCCUGAAGAGAAGAAUAAGAAAGCCAGGCUUCGCUCUAUCUUCCCAGGAGGAGGGGAUAAAACCAAUAAGAAGAAAGAGAAAGAACGCCCAGAGAUCUCUCUUCCUUCAGACUUUGAACAUACGAUUCAUGUGGGGUUUGAUGCAGUCACCGGGGAAUUCACUGGAAUUCCUGAGCAAUGGGCACGAUUACUCCAAACCUCCAACAUAACAAAACUGGAACAGAAGAAGAACCCACAAGCCGUUCUAGAUGUUCUCAAAUUCUAUGAUUCCAAAGAAACCGUCAACAACCAGAAAUACAUGAGCUUUACAUCAGGAGAUAAAAGUGCACACGGAUACAUAGCAGCCCAUCCUUCGAGUACAAAAACAGCAUCAGAGCCUCCUUUGGCUCCUCCUGUGUCUGAAGAAGAAGAUGAAGAAGAGGAAGAAGAAGAAGACGACAAUGAGCCCCCACCAGUUAUUGCACCAAGACCAGAGCAUACAAAAUCGAUCUACACUCGUUCUGUGGUUGAAUCCAUUGCUUCACCAGCAGCACCAAAUAAAGAGGUCACGCCACCUUCCGCUGAGAACGCCAAUUCCAGUACUUUGUAUAGAAAUACAGAUCGGCAAAGGAAAAAAUCCAAGAUGACAGAUGAGGAGAUCCUAGAGAAGCUAAGAAGCAUUGUGAGUGUUGGUGACCCAAAGAAAAAAUAUACGAGAUUUGAAAAAAUUGGUCAAGGGGCAUCAGGUACUGUUUAUACAGCACUAGACAUUGCAACAGGACAAGAGGUGGCCAUAAAGCAGAUGAACCUUCAACAGCAGCCCAAAAAGGAAUUAAUUAUUAAUGAAAUUCUGGUCAUGAGGGAAAAUAAGAACCCCAAUAUUGUUAAUUAUUUAGAUAGUUACUUAGUGGGUGAUGAACUAUGGGUAGUCAUGGAAUACUUGGCUGGUGGCUCCUUGACUGAUGUGGUCACAGAGACCUGUAUGGAUGAAGGACAGAUAGCAGCUGUCUGCAGAGAGUGCCUCCAAGCUUUGGAUUUCUUGCACUCAAACCAAGUGAUCCAUAGAGACAUAAAGAGUGACAAUAUUCUCCUUGGGAUGGACGGCUCUGUUAAAUUGACUGAUUUUGGGUUCUGCGCUCAGAUCACCCCUGAGCAAAGUAAACGAAGCACUAUGGUGGGAACUCCCUAUUGGAUGGCACCUGAGGUGGUGACUCGAAAAGCUUAUGGUCCGAAAGUUGAUAUCUGGUCUCUGGGGAUUAUGGCAAUCGAAAUGGUGGAAGGUGAACCUCCUUACCUUAAUGAAAAUCCACUCAGGGCAUUAUAUCUGAUAGCCACUAAUGGAACCCCAGAGCUCCAGAAUCCUGAAAGACUCUCGGCUGUAUUCCGUGACUUUUUAAAUCGCUGUCUUGAGAUGGAUGUGGAUAGGCGAGGAUCUGCCAAGGAGCUUUUGCAGCAUCCAUUUUUAAAAUUAGCCAAGCCUCUCUCCAGCCUGACUCCUCUGAUUAUCGCUGCAAAGGAAGCAAUUAAGAACAGCAGCCGUUAGGACUGCAAGCCUUACCCCACACCAUCUCCCUCAUGAGUAAGACUGAAAUAAAACUCUGCUGCAGGAAAGAUGGAAGAAAAGACAGUCAAAUGGGGUGGGAGUUCUUUAACUUUCAAAUGAAUAGAAACUUCUUAUAAGCCUUUUUCCUAUUCCCUCAGAUUAUGUAAUUUAUUUGUAAGCCUGAAUCGCAGCCCAAACAGGGCAGCAAUGUCGAAGUGGCCGUAAAGUGGUCACUUCCACCGUGAAGCGAAAGAGCCAGUAGUGAAUCCCCUCAUUUUGUGCAUUCACUUUGACGAAAAAGGUUUCUCAAAGAUGCACACUCCCUCUUCAUAGUGUUGUAUUUGUUUUUAAGUUAGAGAGUAGUCCCUCUUGCAUUCAAACCUCCUUCAAAACUCCUUACCCAAUGUGAUGUUUUUCACUUGCAUUGUCAUUAGAUGUCCAGACAAAAGAUGUCAAAACUUUUUUAAAAAAAGAAAGCAAAAAGACAAAAACAAAACAAAAACAAAACAAACAAACAAAAAAAACCCAGAGCAAGUACUGUGUAAACAUGUGGAAGUCCAUGCCCUAAUAGAGUUGCAAUUUUUUAUUCUUCUUCUAUAGUGGUGGCUUGGUUUGUGUACCUGUUUUUCUGCAUUUGUAUUGGAAAAAGUUUCUUUCAAGACAUUUUCCAAAACCAGAGAGGAAUAUAUGUGUUCAGGAAGGGCUUUUAAAACCUGUAUAUCUAAACAAAGCUCAAAUGGUGAAAUCUUGUCACAUUUUCACUAUGAUGCUUAAAAGGUAGUUGAUUUAUCAUUUAUAUAAGCCAGAUUGUUUGUCUUCAUGAUACCUGAAAAGGAUACACCGAAACUGUGGCACUCCUGUUGAGUGAGUCCACGUCUGGAACCUAGAAAAAUCUGACGGGAGAAACCAUACUUAAACAAAGAUGGGACUUUCUCUGAGAGCCAAAAGGAAAACAAGUGUGCAAUAUUGAAAUCCUUGUUGGGCAGUAAGUAAACAAAGAGAAAGAUACCUAAUUUAAUCUUCUCUUGUGCUUGUGGAACAUAUGCAAUGUAAAAUAGGCACAUCAGGAGGAAACAGACCCCUUACCCAACAUUUGCUUAUGAUAAAAAUUAUUUAAUUUGACGAUUUAUGGCAUUUUAAAAAUUAAAAAACAAGAUCUGGAGAACAGAGAUAUUGUAAGCAUUCAAUUCUCUAAGAAAUAGGAGGUCAGUGAAAACCACAUCCCAAUCAACAUUUGGCUCUAAAUAUCUGUUCCCCUUUUCCUUAUGUAUCACCAAUUUCUGUUUCAGGAUACGGUAUGUUCAUACUUAAUCCUUUGGGCUUUUGAAUUUCAAAAACAUGUUCAUAAAGAUCUGGAAGUUCUCGAGUGAAAAUAAUUCAGGUUUGCAAUCAUAUAUUCCAAGAAAUAUUAGUCCAACUGAAUUCCUUUUAUGGCUUGGAAAAAAAAAUGAAAAUUUGACUAUUUCACCAUGUAUCUGUUUAUUAAAAAUUCAACAGUUGGCACUUCCGGACUCUUCUGAGAGUAGAAAAAUAUUCUAGAGGGUGUCUGCGUAGAAAAGAAUAUGCUCCUCUUUCGAGUGUAUUGUCAGUUUUACAAAUUCUGCAAAGUUGUUUCUCUGAGCCUUUGAAAAGCUAACAAUUUCUGCUGUAGAAGGCUUCUUGAUUUGUAGUGUAUCAAGAAU